GAUGAUGCUGUCAGUAUUGAAAGCGGCACUAACACCGAGCGCCCUGACACGCCAACAAACACUCCUAAUGCACCAGGAAGAAAAAGCUGGGGGAAAGGAAAAUGGAAGUCAAAGAAGUGCAAAUAUUCCUUCAAAUGUGUAAAUAGCCUAAAGGAGGACCAUGGUCAGCCUUUGUUUGGAGUCCAGUUUAACUGGCACAGUAAAGAAGGUGAUCCUCUCGUUUUUGCCACUGUAGGCAGCAACAGAGUUACUUUAUAUGAGUGUCAUUCCCAAGGUGAAAUCCGUCUGUUGCAGUCCUAUGUGGAUGCUGAUGCAGAUGAAAAUUUCUAUACCUGUGCGUGGACAUAUGAUAGCAACACAAGCCAUCCUCUUCUGGCUGUGGCAGGCUCCAGGGGUAUCAUUAGGAUAAUUAAUCCUAUUACAAUGCAGUGCAUAAAGCACUAUGUGGGCCAUGGAAAUGCAAUCAAUGAACUGAAAUUCCAUCCAAGAGACCCAAAUCUUCUUUUAUCUGUAAGCAAAGAUCAUGCAUUGAGACUGUGGAACAUCCAGACAGACACGCUGGUUGCAAUAUUUGGAGGAGUAGAAGGGCACAGGGAUGAGGUGUUAAGUGCAGAUUAUGAUCUUCUUGGUGAAAAAAUCAUGUCCUGUGGGAUGGAUCACUCUCUAAAACUCUGGAGAAUUAAUUCCAAGAGAAUGAUAAAUGCCAUCAAAGAGUCUUAUGAGUACAACCCAAAUAAAACUAACAGGCCUUUUAUUUCCCAAAAAAUUCACUUUCCUGACUUUUCUACGAGAGACAUUCACAGAAACUACGUUGACUGUGUACGGUGGUUGGGAGAUCUCAUUCUUUCCAAGUCUUGUGAAAAUGCUAUUGUGUGCUGGAAACCUGGUAAAAUGGAAGACGAUAUAGAUAAAAUCAAGCCCAGUGAGUCAAAUGUGACAAUACUUGGGAGAUUUGAUUACAGUCAAUGUGAUAUAUGGUACAUGAGGUUCUCAAUGGAUUUCUGGCAAAAGAUGCUUGCUCUGGGCAAUCAGGUUGGCAAACUUUAUGUCUGGGAUUUAGAAAUAGAAGAUCCUCAUAAAGCCAAGUGUACGACCCUUACUCAUCCCAAAUGUGUGGCUGCCAUCCGACAAACCAGUUUCAGCAGGGACAGCAGCAUCCUUAUAGCUGUGUGUGAUGACGCCAGUAUCUGGCGCUGGGACAGGCUACGAUAAAUUACUUUUUCUUAAUUCAAAGUAGAAAAUAUAUUUUCAAAUUUUAAUAUAGUCUGUUAACUUGCUAGUACAGUAGAUGCAUUUAGUGUAGACUUCCUCAAAGGUUCGGCAGGCUGGAGCUGAACUUAGUGAUGUUUACAUUCUGUGUAUUGUUCUGCUUGGAAUUGCUGCUUUUAAUAAAAAGAAGUAUUUUUGUAAAGUU